UUUAGGUCCGCCAUGUCCGCCAAGACAACAGACGACGACGAGCGGGCUCUGUUCUCCUGUAUGCAGGAAUUCCGCAGCCGCUUCAUCAGCCAGAGCAACGAGGAGACCUCCGUCCAGGAGGCCAGAGACCAGUGCAAGGAGUCUGUGAAGGAGCUGACAGAGAUUUGGGCCGGGAAGUACCGAGAGGGAGAGAUGAUGAUUGAGAAGGUUCUGGAAUUCAGGAAAGAUAUGGAUCGGCUGAAUAAACGCAUGGAGGAGAAGCAGGAGGACAUCAUGCGGGAGAUCGGCAAGCUGAAGGACAACGAGAAGCAGAGCGCGGAUCUGGCUGAGCUCAUCCGGAACCUGCGAGAAGAUCUGACCCAGAAGAAGGAGAUGGCGCUGGCCAAUCGGAGAGCAAACAAAGACAAACUGAGGGAACUGCACAAGUCCGCCUCGUUAUUCAAAGAUCGCCUGGGCCUGGAGAUCCGGAAACUGCACGGUGACAAGCUGCAGUUUGUAUUUCGCUGUAUUAACCCCAAAGACCCGGAGGAGCCGUUCUCCUGCCUCGUCUUCUUCAAUGAGAAGGGAGAGUACCAGCUUGAAGGAUGUGAUCCGCCAUUGGAGUGUAUCGCAGAGUACGAGAGGAAGAUUCGAGAGACCAAAAACUUCUCCGCGCUGCUCGCCAACCUGCGCAAAUCAUUCAUUGCACUAUGUGCGCAAGGAAAAUAACCCGAACACAUUGUAUAUAUGUCUAGAGUU